CCAUAUUGUAAACCAUCUUGUUCGUGCCAAAUGCAAAGAAGUUACCCUGCACAAAGAUGGCCCCUUAGGUGAGACUAUAUUGGAAUGCUACAACUGUGGCUGUAGGAACGUCUUCUUGUUGGGAUUCAUUCCAGCCAAGGCUGAUUCUGUUGUGGUGUUGCUAUGCCGACAACCAUGUGCCACUCAGAGCAGUUUGAAAGAUAUGAAUUGGGAUCCUACACAGUGGCAGCCUUUGAUUCAUGACAGACAGUUUCUAUCGUGGCUUGUUAAGGUACCAUCAGAACAUGAACAGCUCAGAGCAAGACAAAUAUCUGCACAGCAGAUUAAUAAACUUGAAGAAUUAUGGAAAGAUAAUCCAGAUGCCACGCUUGAAGAUCUUGAAAAACCAGGAGUUGAUGAAGAACCAAGUGCUGUACUACUAAGAUAUGAAGAUGCAUAUCAAUAUCAGAAUAUCUUUGGUCCAUUGGUCAAAUUGGAAGCUGAUUACGAUAAAAAAUUGAAAGAAUCUCAGACGCAGGAUAAUAUUGUAAUACGAUGGGAUAUAGGUCUCAAUAAGAAAAGAAUAUCUUAUUUCAAUUUUCCAAGACGAGAUGGAGAUUUAAAGUUGAUGCAUGGAGAUGAACUGAGACUUCGUUACCUUGGAGAACUACAUAAACCGUGGUCAGGUGUUGGACACGUUGUCAAAAUACCAGACAACUACGGUGAUGAGGUCGGUAUUGAAUUGAAGAGCAAUGCUGGUGUUCCGACUGAGUGCACUCAUAACUUUGUUGUUGACUUUGUUUGGAAAUCAACUUCUUUUGACAGAAUGCAAAGUGCAAUGAAGACGUUUGCCGUAGAUGAAACGUCUGUGUCUGGUUACAUCUACCAUAAACUGCUAGGACAUGAAGUAGAGGAGGUGGUUGUUAAAUGUAAUCUACCAAAACGAUUCUCGGCGCCAGGAUUACCAGAGUUGAAUCAUUCGCAGGUCUAUGCUGUGAAAACAGUGUUACAGCGACCAUUAAGCCUUAUCCAGGGUCCGCCUGGUACCGGUAAGACUGUCACUUCAGCCACUGUUGUAUACCAUCUUUCAAAACAGAACCUUGGUCAAGUAUUGGUGUGUGCUCCUAGUAAUAUAGCUGUUGAUCAACUAACUGAAAAGAUACACCGUACUGGCCUGAAAGUCGUACGUCUAUGUGCAAAGAGCAGAGAAGCUAUUGAUUCACCGGUCUCAUUUCUGGCAUUGCAUAAUCAGGUUCGUAACAUGGAUGCCAUUCCUGAGCUACAGAAACUGCAACAACUGAAAGAUGAAACCGGGGAAUUAUCAAGUGCUGACGAAAAGAGAUAUCGUUCUUUGAAAAGAAAUUGUGAAAGAGAACUUCUACAGAAUGCUGAUGUCUUGUGUUGUACAUGUGUUGGUGCAGGGGAUCCAAGAUUGGCAAGGUUCCGAUUCCGAAGUAUUCUAAUUGAUGAAAGUACUCAAGCCACUGAACCUGAGUGCAUGAUACCUGCUGUGCUUGGUGCCAAACAGUUGAUUCUCGUGGGCGAUCACUGUCAGCUUGGUCCCGUUGUAAUGUGCAAGAAAGCAGCCCGAGCUGGUCUUUCUCAGUCUUUAUUUGAACGUCUUGUUGUAUUGGGUAUUCGUCCAAUACGUCUGCAAGUACAAUAUCGUAUGCAUCCGAUACUCAGUUCUUUCCCUUCCAAUAUCUUCUACGAGGGAUCCUUGCAAAAUGGUGUCACCCCAGGUGAAAGAAGCAACAAGUCUCUGGACUUUCCAUGGCCGCAGACUGAUAAACCGAUGUUAUUUUAUGCUACCACUGGUCAGGAAGAAAUUGCUAGCUCCGGAACCUCUUACUUGAACAGAACUGAAGCGGCCAAUGUGGAGAAAAUCACCACACGCUUUUUGAGAUGCGGUAUUCGGCCAGAACAGAUUGGAAUCAUCACUCCCUAUGAGGGUCAGCGGUCGUUUAUUGUGCAAUACAUGCAACACAAUGGAUCACUUCAUGCCAAGCUGUAUCAGGAAAUAGAAAUUGCCAGUGUGGAUGCUUUCCAAGGACGUGAAAAAGAUUACAUCAUAUUGUCCUGUGUUAGAGCCAAUGAACAUCAAGGAAUUGGUUUCUUGAACGAUCCGAGACGUCUGAAUGUAGCAUUAACAAGAUGCAAAUUUGGAAUCAUUAUUGUUGGCAACCCUAAAGUGUUAUCUAAGCAAGCUUUGUGGAAUCAUCUGUUGAACCAUUAUAAAGAACAGAAGGUAUUGGUUGAAGGGCCGCUAAAUAAUCUGAAAGAAAGUAUGAUUCAGUUCAGUAAACCACGUAAACUCAUCAAUACCACUAAUCCUGGUGGUCGUUUUAUGAGUACUGCAAUGUUUGACGCAAGGGAGGCAAUGAUUCCUGGCAGUAUUUAUGAUAGAUCUGGAGGCAUGGCUGGUGGAUCAAAUCACACAAAUUAUGAUAAAUACUACCAUACUCAUGAUCAGAUGGGUUUUAUUAACUCUGAGAGAGCACACGCUGCCGGAGCCAAUCUACCCAUCCCUGUCAACAUGUUCAUGCCGCAUAUGCCACCACCCCAUUCAUACUACAACCAAGUACCGCCUGGAAGGCCACCACCCAAAGGACGAGGUCACGGGCGUCGGGGAGGUCACCAUAGAGGGCAAAAUCAUUACAACAGUCAGAAUGCGUCGCAGUUCACGACUGGUGGUCCGAGUCAAGCUAGUCAGGACACUUCUCAACCAUUCUCACAGGGCCCCCUAACUCAGGCUAAUAUGUCAAUGAGUCAGCCACUGAGUCAGCCUGGUUUGUCUCAGCCGGGGCUUUCACAGCCAGAGCUCUCACAGGACAGUUACCUGGGUGAUGACUUCAAGUCGCAAGCAGACGUGGUACUGUCGCAAGAUUCCACCUAUCAAGGUGAUCGCAAUUAUCAACAAGGAAUGACAAACUUCUCUCACUAUUAGACGACAACGUCAAAUGUAAACGAGAAGAUGUGAAAAAAGAGAAGGCAUGAACGAAAAAUAACAUCUAAAAUGACAACCUAUAGGGAAAGUUCACAGAACAGUGAUAUUGUUACCAUGGUGACGUGUCAUUGUUGAUGAGAGCAGCAGCAGCAUGUGAUGAUUGCAUCACCCAAACCCUAAAGGGUAGAGAUGCAGAGCUGGAAACGAUAAGACGCUAAUAAUAACAAGAAUGAUUCUCAGAACAAACGGUUAAUUGGAAAAUACUGAUUAGGAAUUAAAGAAGUUAUUACAACUGCAA